GUGCUACCAGGCAGUUCUGAAUUUGAAACAAACAAAAGCAAUCCAGGCUCUACAUCAUUUCUCUUCUGAGCCAUCCCCGAGUCCUCUGCCACUGCCUGGCAACGUGAAGAGUCAGCAACUUCCCAGCACCCGCUCAGCAAUAACCGGGGAGCGCGCAGGCGCAUGUAGGCUACGGUGUUGUAAUCCUCGCUGGGUAAUGUAGUUCCUGCUGCCUCAACUUUCCCCAGACAUGCUCGAGCCCGCGCUCCCUCCAAUACUACCAAACCCAGAAUCCCUUGCGACCCUAACUAUUGGAAGCCCUAGUUGAAGCGGGUGGCGGCGGAGCGGACUCCCCCCAAAAAUCCAAAACAAGGAAAUGGUGCCCAGUGCGAUGGCCUCGUGCCCCGGCGCCUGACGCUUGUGCGGCCGCCGCCUGUCCCGCCGCCGCAGCAUCCUGUUUCCCCUCCCCCUCUUCUUCCUUCAAUCGCCCCUUCCAUGGGUGAGAAACAUGGACUACGAGUUCAAAUCCAAGCUGGCGGCCGAGCGCGAACGGGUGGAGGAUCUGUUCGAGUACGAGGGCUGCAAAGUCGGGAGAGGCACCUACGGACAUGUCUACAAAGCGCGGCGCAAGGACGGAAAAGAUGAAAAGGAAUAUGCAUUGAAGCAGAUUGAAGGUACAGGGAUAUCCAUGUCGGCAUGUAGAGAAAUAGCACUUUUGCGAGAACUGAAACACCCUAAUGUGAUUGCAUUACAGAAGGUUUUCCUUUCUCAUAGUGACAGAAAGGUGUGGCUGCUAUUUGAUUAUGCUGAACAUGACUUGUGGCAUAUUAUCAAGUUCCACCGUGCCUCAAAAGCAAACAAAAAACCCAUGCAGUUGCCAAGAUCUAUGGUCAAAUCACUACUUUAUCAGAUUCUUGAUGGAAUCCAUUAUCUCCAUGCAAACUGGGUGCUUCACAGAGACUUGAAACCAGCAAAUAUUCUGGUAAUGGGAGAAGGUCCUGAAAGAGGAAGAGUAAAAAUAGCUGAUAUGGGUUUCGCAAGGUUAUUCAAUUCUCCACUUAAGCCACUGGCAGAUCUGGAUCCAGUCGUGGUAACAUUUUGGUACAGAGCCCCAGAAUUGUUACUUGGUGCACGACACUAUACAAAGGCGAUUGAUAUAUGGGCCAUCGGCUGUAUAUUUGCUGAGCUAUUGACUUCAGAACCUAUCUUUCACUGUCGUCAGGAGGACAUCAAAACAAGCAAUCCUUUUCAUCAUGAUCAACUUGAUCGCAUAUUCAGUGUAAUGGGAUUCCCUGCAGAUAAAGACUGGGAAGACAUUAGGAAGAUGCCAGAAUAUCCUACACUUCAAAAAGACUUUAGGAGAACAACGUAUGCCAAUAGUAGCCUCAUAAAAUAUAUGGAAAAACACAAAGUCAAGCCUGACAGCAAAGUAUUCCUUUUACUUCAAAAACUUCUCACUAUGGAUCCGACAAAAAGAAUUACCUCAGAGCAAGCUUUGCAGGAUCCUUACUUCCAGGAGGACCCACUGCCUACAUCAGAUGUUUUUGCUGGCUGCCAGAUUCCUUACCCAAAGCGAGAAUUUCUCAAUGAGGAUGAACCCGAGGAAAAGGGGGAUAAGAAUCAACAGCAGCAGAACCAACAUCAGCAGCAAACAGCACCUCAGCAGCAGCAAACAGCACCUCAGCAGCAGCAGCAACAAAACAGUACCCAGACAAAUGGAACUGCAGGGGGUGGUGCAGGAGGUGGCGGUACUGGGGCAGGUCUCCAGCAUAGCCAGGACUCCAGCCUCAACCAGGUGCCUCCAAAUAAGAAACCACGCAUUGGGCCUUCAGGCACUAAUUCAGGCGGGCCUGUUAUGCCUUCAGAUUAUCAGCACUCCAGUUCACGCCUGAGUUACCAAAGCAACAUUCAGGGAUCUUCUCAGUCCCAGAGUACAAUGGGCUAUUCUACAUCAUCUCAGCAGAGCUCUCAGUACCAUCAGUCCCACCAGUCUCACCGGUACUGAAGAAACCUCAUAGACGGUGUUAGAAAGGAGUGAACUAACAGACAAUGGACUCCAGCAAUAUGAAGUUCAUAACCAUGAGAAGAACCAAAAAUGCAAAAUGUGAUGCAGAUUUUAACAUAACGAUUAUAAAAGGAAAACAUUUAUUUACUAAUUGUUUUCAGACAAGAGACAAUUCUUACCUUUUUUUUCUUUUCUUUUUUGCCAUAAAGGAGAUUCUUGUGAAGUUUCCCCUCAGCUUGCUUUCGCAUGCGUUCCAUUGUGGUUACUCGAAUGAAACCGUCUGAUCUGAACCCAGCACUUAAACUUCUUUAACCUAUGGAAUUUUUGAAGGAUUCCUGGUGCACCUUUCUUGUGUUGUAGUAAUUGCCAUAAAUCUUACCUUUUCCAAAUCCCUUUACCAGGAUUUUAAAAGUUUUGAAAUCUUGAAUUCCCAGACUUUUCAAGCUUGUAUAUAGUUAAUUUUUUACUAGGCAAACCCGUUUAGCUAUACAGGUAUAAUGCACCUUUUAAAAGCACUAUGUUAUUUUCACAGGAUAUUACUGUUUUGCUCAUGGAUGUCAAGAACAGCAGAUUUUACUGUUCCAGAGUAUUUUAUUAUUCUCUUUUUAUUAGUCUAGUUUUCAAAUGAGGUCUUUAACAAAAAAGAAGAAGAAAAGAAAAGAAAAAUAUACAACCCAAUUCUUUGCAGCAGCUAUUACAUGUUACAUGUUUGGACUGAACACCAAACAGAAGAUUAUGAAUGUUUGUUUUAUCAUUGAGAUGAGAAUCACAUAGAUAAUUUGUCAUUAUCUUCCAAGUGAGUUGACUUAAGCUUUGCUUUAAAUUAAGGCAUGGCAGCAAAGUGGAAGGCAAAUACUUUUGUGUCUCCAGUAGAACAAGAGAAUGCUAUGGUGUCUUCUCUAGUGGUUAUCUAUGUCUUGGACCUCUGCUCUAGGAGUUCAGCAUCAACAGCAGUAAAAGUAAAUAAGGAGACUGCUACUACUUUUAGGGGUCGGGGAGGGACAGGGCAUUGUGCUCUUUACUAUAUAUGUAGUCUACUCUUUGCAGCCUUCCUUUGUUAAAUUUUGGUUCUGAAACUUGCAGCAAAAAAAGUCAAAAAGUGCUGUCGCACCUUACGAGACUAACAGUUUUGUUACGGCAUUAGCCACUGGCUACUUGCAAAACACAAUCACAAACAUUGACAAGCCGUUAUUAUUCUUAUUCUUAUUAUUCCGUCAUCAUCUAGUUGAACCAGAUCAAACAUUGAAAAAGAAUUUGUUGAACGAUGUUUUGAAGACGUUUAGCUGUCUCAUGUGUAAAAUGCAUAUUCUGUUGUUGUCCUGCCACUGUUGUGAUGAAUUUUAAUUGGUUGCACUAGGUGGGCUAUGCUGUACUGAAAUGUGUUUCCUCAAGGUCACAUACACAGUGAUUGUGCUGAAGGAAAGUUGGUGAACUGAAGAGGCACCAGCGGAGGAAAUGUCAGAACUCACGAGCAGAGCAUGUGUACUGGAGAAUCAUUACCUGUGAUCAGAGGCAAUAUAAACUUUGAGGCAGCUCCCCCCCACACACACUUUAACAGCCCCAGAAACAUGGCUGGAAUGCUUUAUUCAUGGCUGUAUAUAUCCUGCAGUUCAGCACAGAAUUCAGCAUCUUGAGAAUCUGAACUUUUCUCUCUUUUUUCCGAAGCAGAUUGCCUGGCUUUCUGAGUAUGAAGAUCGGCUUAAAAGUAUGUGAACAAUCCUUAGCAACAUUUUAGGGUAGAAUCCAACAGAAGUGUUACUUAGAGCAGAUACAUUUAAAUGAAUGGGACUUACAUUAUCCUUAGAAUGUAGGAGAAAUGCAGCUGAAUAAGAUCUCCAGGCGGGCAAAGCUUCAGUGCCCAGUAAGUUGCUUCCCUUCCCAUUGACUAGCAAAAGCAGAUUUCAUUAUCCAACAUAUAUGCUAGUAUGUUAGUUUGCAUUGUUUAUACAGCUUGUGGAAGUCAGCUUUCCUUUGUGUGGAAAUUGGGUUAUUAUGGUGCAGAAUUUUUUAAGCACACACAGCCCUAACCUUAUUGCACUAAAAUUAAGAAGUCAUAUACUUUAGGAUCUAAAAGCAGUACCCGGUAUUUUAAGAACAAUUACUUUAAGAAAGAGGUACAGGAAGGAGCUUGUUAUUUAUAUAUGCAUUUAUGGGCAUUUACACUGUAUGCCUCAUUGUGUUCUGUAUUGAAUUGAUACCAGUCUUGCAGACAAAUGUCACGAAGUGUUUUGCACUAAGACUAUAAUAAAAACUAACAAGGUGGUAGUCAGUUUGCUUGGAGGGCAAACUUUAUUUAAUCCUAAGAGUAAUAAAAGUAGCCUAUCCCAGGAUUGUGUUUGUUCCAAGUCAACUUUGAAAGAGCAACUGAGAGCAAUCCUACGGCUCCUAGACAGUGUCUAGAGGACAUAGGAUAAUUCAGAUUCCUGGAUCUGAGGAGAGACCCAGGAGUUCAAGCUCCCCAUCCCCUCUCCGUCAGUGCAGAGAGAACCGUGUCUGCUGGCUCUCCAAAUGUGCAAAAGCAAGCUUGGAGAGGAGAGAAAGGGAGCGGUUCUGUGAGCAGGGAGGGGAGGGGAUUGGGGAAGUGGGGAUGUGGGCUAUCUCCAGCUUCCUUCCCUCCCCUUCCGCAAAGCCCUAGCUAAAACAGGCAAAAACGCCUGUCUAACAAAAAUGCACAGCGGGGAAAGCAUAGAGGUGAAGAUCGCCUCCACACUCCCCCUGCUCUGCACAAGAUGUUAGCCUCUGAAUUCGGAGGCUGGCGGGCAUCUGGAUAGGAUUGUGCCCUAAAGUGUAGGUUUCAUCGUACCAUUACUUACAGGCAUUGUUCCAUUUGCUGUUCAUGCCAAGUGGCUUUCUGGAGAGAGCCAGACAUUAAUUCAUCAUAGAACAGGUGGAGAAAAGAAAAGACAAAAAAUGGUAUUCCCUCCAGCUUUACACUUUGUAAUACUUCAUUUAUCGUCUGUCUGAGUUGUUGGAUAGGACAAACGUUUCUUUUGUAACUGCGUUCAAUGAAAAUGUUCUCCCACAUCUAUGUUCUCAGUUUCAUUUGUAGUCUUUUUGCAUCAGAGCUCAUAUUUAGUCAGCAACGUAGAACAUUAUUUAACUUUAUUUUGACUUGCUUAUGAACUGCUCAUUUUUCUUUUCUCACUCUGUUGCUCCAUCCUCCAUCCUACUAUUGAUUUCAAUCUAGCACCUGUGGCAAACUGUCCAAGUGUAGAUUCCUCAGUGCAUGCAGUGUAGCAACCUGUGUUGAAUGUGCUUUAUCUCCAUGAGCUUCCAGUCCCCUAGAAUGAUGGCCAUGAUUGUUGUCUGUACUGACAAAUUGAUAUUUGCAUAUUUGCUGGACAUUAAUUGCUUGCUAUACCCCAUUUCCCUGCAGUGUCUGUGCAAACAAAUGUAGCUGUGCUAAAUACUUCAUGGCCUUCCAAAUAAGCAUUGACAGGGGAAUAGAUGAAAGUAUCCGUUUACACUUUUGAAAUGUUUACUGCACUCAUUCUCUAUUUGUAUCUUGGCUUUUGAGCAUACAUAGCCUAUUAUGGGGAACUGUUUGUGUAUAAUAAGAUGAGUGUUUCAUGUAUUGCAGGGCUAAAGUGAACCAAGGUGAGCUAGAUUUAUUUCAGGGGAAAUUUCAUGAAUCAAAAUGUAAUGUAAGAUAAAUCAUAUAUUGUAUGUCAUAGAAACCCAGGACACAGACAUUGUCAUUGGUUAACUAAUUCUUACUUGUAUGUGCAGUUUUGACAUCUGUCAUUUCUCUUUUCUAUCACAUUGGCUCUUGAAGUGGACAUUGAGUAGUUAACGGUGGUUUUUGCUACUUCAGGAGGCAGUAGCAGCUCAAGCCUCAUUCUACAAUAUUUCUCUUCUGGUUUUCAAAGAAAAAGAGCAAGGAAAUGGGAUUAGCAAAGAAGUGAUGAAAUAAAUUGUAACAUAGACUGCAUAAUGAAGGAAGAACCUUGUGAAGCUGCAAGUCCUGCACUGUAUCUGUGACACUGUAUCUCGCGGGGUGGGAAGGUUAGGACAUCCUGAGGUUGGGGAGGAGGAAGCUUGAAGUAUUUGAUUAUGUAUAAUAUUUUAUAUAAACAUGAUAAGCUUAGUUCCCCUUCAUAAUCUUCAGUGAUGGUACUUAAGCAACUUUAAGCAAAGAUAACUGUGUUAAGAAAAAAUAAAUAAACGUAUUGUACAUAAGGCCAUGUGUAAUCUCUAUGUUUUGCCACACCAGAAUGAUGUGUGUUGCUUUAUGGGGGAAAAGUCCUUAAUGCACUGUUAUCUCCUAAAUAUUUAGUAGUAAAUUAAUACUAUUUAAUUUUUUUUUUAAAAAAAACUGUCUUGUGUAGACAUUAAAAAGUAUUACACAAUGUGGACUGAAGAUGUCCCUUCUUAACAGCAGUUUAAAUAAGGUUUUAUAUCUGUAAUGUAGUUUUAAAUUGUUUUAGUUUGUAUUUCCUCAUGUAAACUAUUUGUUGAAGUGUGCCUCCCUUCAUUUUCUUUUUAUAUAUAAUUUCACACAUUCAUCUUCUAUUCAUGUUGUCUUUUUAUUAUAUAGUUCUCUGUCCUGUCUUAUGCUCACCAAUAAUGGCCCAUGUGUAGCAAUGUAGUCUCUGGUGGCUGCUGAAGUUUGCGAUUAUUAUUAUUUUAAAAAAGGAAAGAAAGCUCAAAAUCUAGAUUUGUGCUCUCCCGUUUGGAUUUCAUGGGAUUCUGGGAUAAUGACAUUUAAGUUGACUAUGUAUGUGGGUCUGUGACUUCCCAUUUAAGUGCAUCUCCAGCCCAUUGAAGACACACCCAAGCCUCUUCCUGCCCCUAACCUUAAUCUUUGGAGGUCAGCGUCAUUCUUCCAUACUUGCUGUCACUAAUCAUUGCUCUUGGCUAUCUUGGCUAUCUUGCUGAAAUCUAGCAACCGCCCAAUAUCCUUCUCAAUUACAAAAUAGCUUAAGUAGUGCACAUGUAAGGUGGGCAGAGAUAUCUUUAAUGGAGGUUCAGUUCUUGCUACCAUCCAGCUUGCCUCUUCUCCUGGCCUGUAGGGGAGAAGCAGCUUUGCUGAAUAGCUGGUUAAAAAUGCCCGCCUCCUGUGUUGGGCAGUUGCAAUAAGCUGAACUUGACAGGCUUUGCCCUCAUAAAGCAUUUACUUCUUUUUAAUAUGUCCUUACGUUGCUUUUGAAAGACUGUUAAAAAUUAUGCUUUCAUUCAUUGCAUCUAUUUUUUAUUUUUGUUGUAAUUAAAUUGAAUUGUUUCAGUGUGAAUUUUUUUAAUAAAAAUGAUAUACGUUUGUAAUAAGAAUAAAAAGUUGAAGUCAA